CACUGUGUAGAAGAAGCACAGUUUCCGGGAUAAACAAGAACAUGUGUUAAAUAACUAUCCUUGUAUGUGAAGCCGCAAACUCAGCUCUGUCUGACGCUGCUCCUGAGUUUGUAUCUGAGUCUUAAACCGGUGCUGCUUCUUAAUGGCGGUUUCUACUCAUGUCUCUCAAGUCCGCUCGUUGUACAAGAGGAUUCUGGUCCUCCAUCGCUUCCUGCCCAUUGACCUGAGAGCCCUCGGGGACCAGUAUGUGAAGGACGAGUUCAGGAGACAUAAAGGUGCAUCACCCGAGGAGGUGAAGAGCUUCAUGGUUGAGUGGCAGCAAUACAAGGACACCAUGCAGACUCAGGUACUGGAAUCAGCAGCGGAGCGACUCGGCUCAGUCAAGUUUGGAGCCAACCUGUCAGAGGGGAAACUCACUGACUUCCAGGGGGAACAGAUAGGCCAACUGUACGAACUCAUGCUGGAGUCCACCAAACCCAACCGACAGUUUGACAUCCAGGAGGACAGCAAGUGAAGUGAAGGGGCAGAAGGUGCUGUGAUUCAGACCACUAAUAUUCCCUCUGAGUGGCUGAGAUGAAGAGUGCUACUCAAAGGCAGAGUGGACGCUUUUAGGAAUAUUUGAUUAUAUAUAAGUGCUGUGUAAUAUCUCUGUGUUCCUGUACUUGUCUCUUUUACUGUGACAAUAAAAAAGGUUACUCAUGCUCCCUGCAGAAGCAUUAAGGUAGUACUUAUUUGUUUCUCCUGUCAACUUUUUUUCUUAUGAAUACGAUUGUGAGCUCAUGUUUGUGAAAGAAGUGCCCUUAGAUAUGUCUCCUCUGCAGAUGCUCACAUCAGUAAUGCUUUCUUUCAGCCUCAGUGGAGAUGUAGCCAUUGUUGGGAUGAAGCCCUCAUUAUCCAUGUGGAAAUAUGUAAAGUUGAAUCCACACAGACACAAAAGCCAUGAGCUGUGUGUUGAGGGGGACAGACGUGUGUGUUAGAGCGGUUACGAAAGUCAACUCAUGGUUGUUGAUGUGCCAUUUCCCUCCCACGGACUUCUGACAUCACGUUGAUUUCUGCAGAAAUAAACAGUAAUCAGUCA